AUGGGGGCGACCCGCAGCUUUUUAACUUCAUCGGAGGGCCUACGCGGUGUCACCUCAUUUUCGUUCCGAUCACGACGCGUGGUAGACGACUAUUCGACAUUCGAACGAUAUUACGAUGUUGGUCCCGUGGGCCGCGUCGUCCGAUUCAUCCCCGCGAUUCCAACGAUUCUUUUUGUUGCAGAAGUAUAUUGUGACACACUUUCGACUGAAGUUGCCAAACCCGAAGACACCGCGCUCCUCGAGAAAAGCAACAGCAGUAAUGCGACGAUCGAGAGGGGGGGCUUUUGGAAGAAUCUCAGUCUGUCGAGACACAAACCGAAACUAGAGGAGUCGAGAAAGUCGAACGACGCGAACAGCGAGGUUGACAAGAGGAGAGGGCGAUUUCUCAACAGUCUAGCCUUCCUAACUGGCCUCAGCUUCGGCAGAUUAGCCACCUCGGCAUCCUCCACCGUGAAGAGUAUCGCUAAGGCGCCGCAUGCGUUCAGCAUAAACCUAGGCUCCUCCAAAACCUCACCAUACUUCGCCGCCUAUUACAGUCAAUAUCCGUACGCCCCCCUGCUACCGUAUCCGUUCUUCUACCCCUUCGGGUUCGCGCCGAUGAUCGACGCCGCGAAAUCCCAGGCGUCGCAGAACGAUCAAACGCCCCAAGUGAUAAACCUGUUCGACAACCGGCCGAGCGAUCUCGCGGGAAACAACGAAGACUAUACGGACGCGGACAAGUCCAACGAGGCUGAUGAUCGCAUAAGAUUGCGAGCCGAAGCCGAUCGAAACGCGGAAGAGAAGGUACGCGGGUGCAAAGAGAGCCAACGGAAACACAGCAAAGAAAUGGAUCGAGAAUAUCUCCAAGCGAAUACCGAUUCGCGACUAUUCUUCGAUUUUAACGACGGUAAUCAGACUGCACCAGAUAACGCAACUACGACAAGUCCACCUAACAACACAAGUCCGUCUAACAAUACAAAUACAACGCAUCAUCAUCAUCAUUAUUAUCAUUAUGGCGGUCAUACGGAGUAUCCGCACUUUUCGGGAUAUUACGGUGGGUAUCCACAGAAUAUACACCACGUGGAUCUCACAACAACGCCACCGUACAACCAGGUCAGCUAUAACGUACCGUAUGAACAAUCCACUAAUUUUUAUCACGACAAUAAAUAUAAUGUUUAUUCGGAAUAUAAUCCACCCUUUUCCGCGUCGUUCUCGCCCGAUCAGACAAACGAACAUACAGGCGUAGACGCUAACCGAUUAUAUCCUUCGGGAUAUCCUCAGCCACCGAACAUCGGCGAUGGUUUUAAACCCCUAACAUAAGCCACAUUCCUUACACAAAGCUCAUUACAUUCCGUCAAAUAGUAAAGUAGUUUGUAUCUAGUGAACUUACAAAAAUUUAAAUGUUUGCAAUUUCUUUUUAAAUAAAGAUAUCUAAAUCUAUAAAAUAAAUUACGAUGCUGAGGAGAAAUCUUGGACUAAUUUAAUGUAAAAGUUUGUGUGUUUAAUGCAUCUAGCAUGAUACACAUUAAAUUAAUUUUCGAAUCACGUAUAUACUAAAAUUAAGGAAAUUUCUAGAACCGUCUGAUAUAUUUCGUAAAAUCGAGACAUUUUUAUUAUAAUUUAGUCUUUCUGCGUAUAAUUUGAUUUUGUAUACAUUAGCGAGCAUGCCCUAUUUAGACAUUUUUUUAUUAAAAAAUGUCACCUGGGUUAAGAUAGUUAUUAGAAAGUUUUCUCUUUAUAUUAUAUUUUACGACAUCUAAUGUUGUACUAUUUAGAAAAAGGUGAUUAUUCACGAAAUGUUUACAACAUUUGUUAACAGAUAACAGAGAUAUAUACUGUACUGUCAAUUAUUGAAAUAUACAUAUUGUUUGUCUAUUUUAUCUAGAGGCAUUUUGAUUUAUGGCAUUCUUACUAGUUUAAAUAUAAUUAUUACCUUAGCAGAUUUGAUACAAUGUGUAUUGGACUAUAAGAAAUAUAUGUACAAUUUUUUGUAAAUUACGUUUUCUA